AUGAAUUUACAGGAGAAUUCUGCCGAAGACAAGAGAGGGUACAAUGGCAGAGUUGUUUCUGAGGGUCAGCCACCCCCAAUUUCACCUGAUGUACCACAACACCUCAGGAAAGAAAGCCCCGUUCCAGCUGGGCAGAGCUUUCCACAGUCAGUGGCUUUUCUAUGGCAGGUAUUAAAUGAUAUGGGGCUUGUAGAAACUGCAAAAACACUCCGUGGUGAGCUCAACGAGACUGGAUUUAGUAAAGACAUGCUAUUGAGUCCUUCUACUCCCAUAGGCGAUAAUUCACGUACUGUUGGUCUCGAGAAUCUCGGUACCACUGUGGAAAUGGAUACAACAGUGGAUGAUCAAGAAAUCAAAGUGGAAAAAAGACGGGAAAACUUUCUUCUCCCACAGGAUUUACCAUCAUCGUUAUCAGCGGACAGUGAAACAGAGGCGAACUGCACUAAUAAUUCAUGUAAGCACCAUCAUCCGACGGCGUCGACUUCGACUUCGAAUUUUAGCUUCCACUCACUACUUGAGAAGGUUCUGAGGGAGAAGCUGGGUAAUGACGGGCGAAAAACGAUGAAUAUCGUGCAAGUACUCAGUUACUACACAGUGGAGCCCCUCACAGGCGCUUUAUCAUCUUUGCAGCACGUUCGAAAAGGUUCUUCAGGCACUGGUGACGACGUAAUGAAUUCCAUUGGACAGGUUGAUCAUGUAAUUAACGCGCUUAGCGCCCUUUAUGAUGAUCUUACUGCCGUAGCACUUGCCCAAAAUGACGUGAGUGGCUUGGAUUGUGAGGAUUGUGAAGCAAACUCCUUUCCACUGUCAUUGCAGCCAUCGGUCCUGAAAAGGGUUUUUAUUCAGUACUGUAAUAUCUUGUUGCUACAGCAGAACCUGACAGAGAAUAUGAUUAUCAGUGACAUCAUCUCUCAGUGGACGACAUGCAGUGAGGGAUUACUUCAAAGGGAAAGUAGCUCACAACCCUCUGACAAAGCUUCAGCACACGAUGAGUCUACUUUGUGCAAAAAAAAUGGCGAUGAAGCAAGGGAGGCUGAAAGGGAUCCACAUAAGGCUUCAUCAAACGACCAGCAUACUACCACAUCGAAUAGAAAACCAAAAUCCCGCAAAAAGCGACGAUCUUCCUUAUCUACCAAGUCCACUACCCUCGAGGAGGAAGUCUACGAUGACAAGAAAAAUAAUUUUCACGACGGGUCAGCACCGGCCUCUUCGCUAAACAGCAACGAAGAGGAAAAUAAACACACUACUAAGGACCAGCAAGCAUGUUUCCACGUGUCCAACAGUCCCCCCUACACCGUGCAGAGCCUGUUACAGCGGAACGCUUUCCAGUGCGCAUGUCAUCUCCUCUCCUGCACGCACAGUCUACACAUGACUCUUUCAGCGCACCACGCCCACCGCCUAAGGACACAGGCCAAGGAUGUCCCUGAAGGUAAUCAAUAUUCAAGUGAUGGGCAGGACGGCGACAAGGUGGGCCUCGCAUCUUCCCCCCCACACGAAACCCCUGCGAUUGAGCUAGUGGAACAGGCUUUGGAGUUAAUGAACGCGGCGAACGGGAUGUGGAAACGGAGGGCUGAGCUGGUUCUCCGCCGGGUUCUACAGCGCUCAUGGCUCUGCUGUAGCGCUGCAGCGACUGCCGUUCCCGUCUCUUUGCAUUCACCACAUGGUCCCGGUGUCAGUAACGAUCGUGUGGAAUCGGGAAAAGGACUACCUGUUAGCGACAAGAAAACUACCACUCGGCAGGUGAGUGGGUGGCAGGACGUGUCAAGCAGCAUACAGGCCGUUGUGGAUGCGUGUCACGUGCCAGUUUUCCAGCGAAAUAAUGAACUAGAUGCUGUAAUGUCGAGUAAGCGAUCGGAAAUAUAUGUGGGACUGGAAGCGCUGUUUCUGCCGCGGUGCCCAUCGUGUGACAAGAAACAGGAAGACCCAGCCAUGAGCAAGGCAAACAAUGAGAAUAUGACUGAGGAAGAGGAGAACCGUAGCGAUCGGGAGAAAAUAUCGUUUGUCCGAAUAUGGAACGUUGCAGAUCGUGCUCGGAAUAUUUUGUGGAUGCUUCAAUCAGCAGAAGAGCAUGUGCGACUCAUGCAUCUCCCCAUGAAGUCGGCCCAUUCCCGUGGUCAACGCAACAAGGCCCUUGAGGAUGCCAUUUCUGUUUGGGAAGGACAGUGGGCUGCACACUGCGCGAGCGUUUUGAAACAAACUCUUCUUGUGCAGUCCGACCACGGUGGUGCUACUGCUAACAUCAAGGAUGUCAAUGAAGAUAGAAAGGAGGGUGUCAAGACAAACUCCUGCUUCAUGGCUUUUGGACACUUAGAAUACCGACGACAUCGCUACGAGCGUUUAUUCACAUCAUAUUUUCCAUCCCUUUCUGCCGCAGUGGGGGAAAAGGUUGCGACCCAAGGUAUCUCGGGAAGCCUCCCCGAAGCUGAUUUUAUAGCCGAUGAGGAUUUCAUCCACAACUAUGGUGGAGCAGCAUGUCGUUGCAUGCCGUAUUCAUCACCCCUAGGCGAAUCCAGGAGGCGUGAUAUGAUGAAUAAGGACAUUGACAGAAAGACGCUGUGGGAUGUCUUUUUGGACGGUGUGUGCGCUCUGACAGAUGGCUUUUGUUUAGCAGCGGCCCAGCUGCUGCAGGAAGGCACCACCAUUGGCACUGAUAUCGCCCCUCAGGGUGUUGAAAAAUAUACGUACACGCGGAGCGAGGAGGUAUCCACUCUUGCUGAUACAGUGGCGGGGCGGGGCGGCGGCAGCGAUGAUAGCCUUUUGGCACGGGUGCAACAAGAGAAACGUUCUUGCGUGUACGCCCGGUUGUUUUCAAGCUUCGUGCCUUUUUCAAGGAUGUCAAAAGUAGGGCUGCUUCGAUCAGAGCACAAUCACCCCUUGGAAUUGAGCACGAUGCAAGGCUGCCCCAGCUGCAGUGAAGGAUGGACUCCAUCAUCACUUCUUUUCGAAGAAAAAGGCAACGAUUCAGAGGUUUUUCCUUACGCUGUCGACCUGAGCCUCGCGUGUGAGACUACCUCACAUCAAUCACAUGGUGUGAACUGUAAGGAGGAGUCCAAGCAUGGGCAGCCUUAUCGAGACGACAGCCCUGAUGAAUGGGCAACGGGACAGAGUGCUGUGAUGGGGCGUGCACUACGCGCUGUUAUGUGUUCGUUACGGAGAGGCCACUUAGUAAAUGGGAUGCACUGGUCACGGCGUGUGCGGCCCCUGAGACAUCGCUUGCGGCGCGCCCUUGCACAUCAGCAUAUAGUUCUUAAUGCUCAGUUCUCUGAGUUGCCUUUGAGGAUGCAGAUAAGAGCACUUCAGAACCCUGGAGUACUGGAAUCAGCAAAGGCUACGUUGAGUGAAAACACUUUGGGGCUUGGAGUGAUUGCUGAAAGUCUCCCGAAUGAGGGUGUUGCCAGCGAUGCAACCCCCACUCAGAUCACGAGUAAACACGAAACAACGGCAGACAUGCCCGACAUCCUUAAAAUAUCUGAGGCAGAUAACGGUAACUUAUCUGUUAGCGGUGAAGCUACACUAUUGCCUACUUUAGCAACAACUGCGACUACAGGGACCGACGUUGGCGUGUUGUCUGCUCAAGGGCAAGCACUCUCUGAUGCCCACCUCUCAAAUGUGUCUCAGGGCCAAGACGAAGAAGCGAGCGUGUAUCACGGGCCUAGAAACCAGCAAAAUGAGUCUCAGAGCUCAAGAUUCACAUCUCCAACCUUUGCCGCCAUCCGUCGCAUCGCACAGGACAUUAGUAUUACUGUAGAGCGCGCCAUCAUGACAUCUGACGUAAUGAGCUGGCGCAUCGAGGGGAGAACGGCGCCCUCUGUAUCGACAUCUUCAUCCUCGCCUAACACAGCACAGAAUCAAGUAGAUGAGAGAAGGGAGGGGCUUUCACUACCACUACCACGAGAGCAAACACCCCUGCAUCAUGUCGAUGACGCAGUCACGAAUAACCUAACUACUGCGGAAGAAGAAGACUCCGCCGCCUCCGAUGCGAGUUCGUCUGACAACCACUUCAAUCGAGUCGGGGAUGAGAUCGCUGAGGAGGUACAGCAGAUCACCGUGACACGCUGCGGCACUCUUGUGGCGUUCGUGACGACGUGUGCCCGUCUAGUCGUCUACGCGCUGCGAGCGCACGCUAAGGAAUCAGCCUAUAAAGAGGAGCUUCUCGUGGACACGGUCCUACCAGGGACACCCAAGCGUCCCCAUUGGUAUGAAGCACAUAGCGCUAUCGUGCAGUUCUCACCCGACGGCCGUUUUGUGCUAGCUGCAGUGCAGUUCAUGCCAGGUGGCGUGGCCGAAGGAGAAGAAGAGGGGGAAUCCCGCGUCAUUCCAGCCUCCACUGGUCAGAUUUGCAUUUAUUCCCUUCACAAGGAAAGAAAUGGUGUCGCCACAUCCUCGACUACUACGAUUCAGCAGGGUUUUAUCAGCGCCUCAAGGAAGCCUUUGAGAAGGCUGUUUCAGUUGCCGAAUCGCCUCUAUGCAACAUGGAAGAUCCACAGUGCUCCUAUUACGACCGCACACUGGGCCGACCCACGAUUUUGGGGCGGCGGGUGGACAAGCCCACAACAUGUCUUUCUAGACCUAAAGCUCAGCGAUCAGAGCGCCAGAGAUUCCAUCAAUCAAGAAUCUUCGGUCUCGGGAUCCCAAAAUAGUACUAGGAAUGCUUCGGAUGGUCCGGGGACGUACUGUGAAUUAUUACGGGCGUCAUCGGCUGCCUGGUAUAUCGCCGCGCAAGCUCGUUUGGCAUUUUUUCAGUGCUUUUCCACGGCUUUGGAUAAUCUUAUCAUACGCUGGCUUCCAUGCUCUGGUAUGUUGAUCCAGCGUAUUAGCACAAUGCCUGUACAGGAUCUUGUUAUCUCUCCACUUAUGACUGCUCUUUACACAAUUGACGAUAAAGGGCUCCUCUCUAUGUAUGAUGCUUGGAAUGAAGGUGAGGGGCAUGAGGCUGAAGAUCUGGGAAAUUCUUCCUCGAUGCCGGUCCCAAACAUCAAUGCACCGUGUACUAUUCUCAUAGGUAACCGUGGUUUACCCGCCUCUGCCGCCUCUCUUCAAACACCCAAAGAGAGAACUAACCUCUCGUCUCGGCGACAGGUGAAAGUAGUAGCAGACCAAGAAGUACCGCGUGCAUUUUUUUAUGGUACUCACAUCAUACGGUUCGACCGUAGUGACAUUACCGCUCGACACUACAUCAAUCCUGGAUAUUUGGCCAACACGAACUCUAAUAGUAUCCCUCCUGUACUAGUGGCAGGUCGAAGCGGCGACAAAGCUCGCAAGUCUGGUGCGGGCGCAAUGAAUUACCUCUCUCGCUUUCUACGACUUUCUGUGAUGGGGGAGUCGAGUUCGGAGAGGAGUGCUGAAGCUGGUAACGAUGAAGAAGUCUCUUUAUUUUCGCAAGGAAUGACUUUUCAUCGUUCUGUGCAAAUGGGUCGUAGGCUGAUACAACGUGUCCUUGCUGAACAAGUCUCAGGCCCGCCACCUAACAGUGUUUUUUUAUCUCCUUCGUCUAUCCCCACAUCGCAGCGAAACACUGAUAUUGAGAGCAUCGAUGAGGAGGAAGAAUACGGUCACGUUGGUGUUCCAGAGCUCAGCAGCGGCGGAUUGCCCUACCCAUACUCCCAGUGUGUCGAAAAUGAAAAGGGUACUGAGGAUGGCCCAUCCUUGCAUCGAGGUCCUCAAGCCUCGCCCUCCCACCGACGCAGAGAGAUCAGUGACAUCCCGAAUGCUUUUUACAAGAGUGGUAGUCGACUCGUCUUUUCUGAGAUCGGGCGUGCCCUGCGCCUAUCGGGGAAUAUUGCACCCACGCGACACAACCCUCAAAUUGACAACGAUGGGGUGCCUUACCAUUUGCUUUCGUUGGCGCUUUCUGGACAGCCCCAGUGGGGUUCAUUACAGCACAAUAGCAAGCAUUGCAUUGAGAGUGAGGAAACGACGUAUCGUACCCUCAUUCGCUUGUGGAGAUCAAGGAAGCUGCGAGACGUGAAUUUACCUCAAACCACAGGGAAGUCUCAUGAUCCUCAAGAAGGGUGCGAGGCAGAUAGCAAGGGCGGUAAUAGCAAUAGUGUUAUUGACAUUGACAAAGUUUUAUCUAUAUCUUACUUCACCGAUGAUCAUAACCGAGGAGAUGAGGCACAGGAUGAUACGCCACUUAGUCCAUCGAAACGUUACCAUGCCCAUGACAACAGUAAGAUGAGAGGAGAAAGUGACUACGAGUCGGAAAGAUCUCUUGAGUUUGCCACACGCUCUGUGCUCUCCCCAAAGUUGCAUUUGGAGCCCAGUGCCCGGAACGGGCGGUAUCUUGCCAUAAUGACCUCCAUCGGCCCACAUCGUGUUCUAAUAGAUCGUACCAGACCUCUGGAGCACAGACCUGGUCUCUACGGAUGCCUUAUUUUCGACACUUAUAUGAGCUACGUGCUCCGUGUGGUGGCAGUAUGCCCGGUGCAGCCUGUUACAUCGCUUACUCUAAACGGCACUAUCCCUAAACACAGUGAUACUAAAAAGGCACCAGUCUUUUCCCUGCAGUGCUCAUUAACUGUGAUUAACCAGAAACGAGUAGAAAGCCGUGAGUAUGACGCAUUGGGAAUGCAUACGCAUUGUUGGUAUCGCAAAAAUGACCCAAACAAACCUGUUGCCCGCAACCCAAAACAAAUACUGGCUUCACAGGGCACGGGGGCUGAAGGUGAGAAAGUCAUUCUCACUGUAGGGGGUUUGCACAACAUACUUUACGUAUUUGACGCCCUCUCGGGAGACCGCAUCCGUACCGUAACGCUUCGGGAAUCGGAUUUUGCUCGAAUGAUUCAGGCUUCAAGGGCGCGCGCGAUGAGAGGCGUGACGGCGCAAGACUCGUGUGGAGAAGAACGCAACCGGGAUUCAACGUUCUUGCCCUCCCAACACACCGAUAUAAAUAACUGUGAUAACCGCAACCGUGGGAGUACUGUCACCAUGAAACAAGAGAGGACCGGCGGUUUCCGGUAUAUGCGCGGUGCCAAUUCCAAGGCUAGCAUCGAAGAUGUACUCUAUUCGUUGAGCACCUGGGACAGGUUCGAGGGUCCGGAUACGACGGCUUACUUUACUUUUGACAAAGCUGAAAGCAACACAGAAAGAGAACGUCAUACCGAAAACGCCACAGCAGUAACCAAUUAUGAAGGGUUUGACAAAAUGUGGUCUCAGAUGGCGAACCUCUCCGAGGAUGAUCAAAUCGGGAGCACUAGUGAGGAUGAGGAUGAGAUAGAAGGAAAAGAUUCCAAUGAGGAAGUGACCAAGGGGAAAGGGAGAUUGAGAAUGCGUAACAACGGAGCUCAGCACCGUAGGCACCGAAGCCGCCGCCGGCUAGUUGACCAGCUAGUGCAGCGAUACGGUUUGCCCCUCGUAUUGUAUGCUCAAAAAUGUCUUAUGUCUGUGAUUGACUGGCCCUCAGAGAUGAGAGGUCACUUGCUAAAUGGCAGCCAUGGCAUUGCUGUCCACAGCCAAAACCGCCUUGGGAAUAUUUCUCAAAGCGAGGAUCGGGCGACGUGCUCAAAAACUCCGCGUCAAAAUCCAGACUCGCAGGCUUUGCUUUCUCCUAUACGAGGGAUGACGGAGGGAAGGAUUUUAUUGACCACGAUGGCUGACUUGUCCCGCCGCUUGCUUAUGAAUAAAGUAUCUCAAAAGUGUACGAACCCUUUGUUUCUGUCGGGCCACAUGGAUCAUUCAGGCAAAAGCUGUUAUACUAUGUUUCGUGCCAGGACUGCUUGUUUUGAUGAACCUUUUAAGUUGGCUGUAGAGCAGCUGAUGGAGCUUAGUCAUGUAAUGCACAUAAACGCCUGUGGUGGUAAACUUAAUAACAGAAACGCCACAUCUUCCCUGCUUGCUGAGAUGAUGUCUGAGAUUUGCAGAAACAACGCUGCCUGCGAAGAGCCACCGCUCCAGAAUAGGAGUACUAGCAACUGUGAUACACAAGGUAACAGCCAACAGCACCUUCACUACAUCAUCGAUACGAAUUCUAACGUCCGAGAUCCCGCGCACAUUUUCGAGGAGAACAUAUACAAUGUGCACUCUGGAAACAGCAAUAGGAAACUUUUACAUUGUGGUGUUGUUAACACAGUGGCCACAUGGUGUACUGAGGAACAUUGUGGAAUGGAGUCGAAACGGAGUGCAUUUCACAUGUUAGCGGGCACGGAGUCAGGACAGCUCCACAUUGUUGGAGGCCUUUUGUAA